GUGUCUUACAGCAGGGGGAGCAGGGAGCCGCGGCGACGGCUGCCACAAAUGUGGCGGCUACAGCGCAGAGCUGCAUUAGCCAGGGCUUUGGCCAGGCCAAGAACUAUGGCACGCUGAGCCCAUCGGACGAUGGCCAGCUGCCCGAGACGCUCACCUAUGCCUGGCACAAUGUGGACAUCUUCGGUGCAGUGCAUCAGCCCGGCUCCAACUGGCGCCAGCUGGUGAAUCGGACGCGAGGCCUCUUCUGCAACGAACGCCAUAUUCCGGCACCGCGAAAGCAUUUGCUCAAAAAUGUCUGCGGCGUUGCCUAUCCGGGCGAGCUGCUGGCCGUGAUGGGCAGCUCAGGAGCCGGGAAGACGACGCUGCUGAAUGCGCUGGCCUUUCGCUCGCCCCACGGCGUCCAGGUGUCGCCGUCGAGCAUGCGGCUGCUGAAUGGCCAGCCCGUGGACGCCAAGGAGAUGCAGGCGCGCUGCGCGUAUGUGCAGCAGGACGAUCUGUUCAUUGGCUCGCUGACGGCCCGGGAGCAUCUGAUCUUCCAGGCGAUGGUGCGCAUGCCCCGCCAGCUGAGCUAUAAGCAGCGAGUGGCACGCGUCGAUCAGGUCAUCCAGGAGCUCUCGCUCAGCAAGUGCCAGCAUACGAUCAUUGGAGUGCCGGGCCGGGUGAAGGGUCUGUCGGGGGGGGAGCGCAAGCGCCUGGCGUUUGCCUCCGAGGCCCUGACAGAUCCGCCGCUGCUCAUCUGCGACGAGCCCACGUCGGGCCUGGACUCCUUUACCGCCCACAGUGUCGUCCAGGUGCUGAAGAAGCUAUCGCAGAAGGGCAAGACCGUCAUACUGACCAUACAUCAGCCAUCGUCGGAGCUCUUCGAGCUGUUCGACAAGAUACUCCUCAUUGCCGAGGGACGUGUCGCAUUCCUUGGCACGCCCAGCGAGGCCGUGGACUUCUUCUCCUACGUUGGCGCCCAGUGUCCGACCAACUAUAAUCCGGCGGAUUUCUACGUGCAGGUGCUGGCCAUUGUGCCGGGCCGCGAGGUGGAGUCGCGUGAGCGCAUCGCCAAGAUCUGCGAUAAUUUCGCCAUUAGCAAGGUGGCACGCGACAUGGAGCACCUGCUGGCCACCAAGGCGCUGACGCAGCCGCUGGAACAGCCCGAGAAUGGGUAUACGUACAAGGCGACGUGGUUCAUGCAGUUCCGGGCCGUGCUCUGGCGCUCCUGGCUGUCGGUGCUGAAGGAGCCGCUGCUGGUCAAAGUGCGACUCAUACAGACUACGAUGGUAGCUGUGCUGAUAGGCCUCAUCUUUCUGGGCCAGCAGCUAACGCAGGUGGGCGUGAUGAACAUCAAUGGAGCCAUAUUCCUCUUCCUGACCAACAUGACCUUCCAGAAUGUCUUUGCCACGAUCAAUGUGUUUACGUCGGAGCUGCCGGUGUUUAUGCGGGAGGCGCGCAGUCGCCUUUACCGCUGCGACACGUACUUUCUGGGCAAGACCAUAGCAGAGCUGCCGCUCUUUCUGACCGUGCCGCUGGUCUUCACGGCGAUUGCGUAUCCGAUGAUUGGGCUGCGGGCGGGCGUGCUGCACUUCUUCAACUGCCUGGCGCUGGUCACACUGGUGGCCAAUGUGUCCACCUCGUUUGGCUAUUUGAUAUCCUGUGCCAGCUCCUCCACAUCGAUGGCACUGUCGGUGGGUCCGCCGGUCAUCAUACCGUUCCUGCUCUUCGGCGGCUUCUUCCUCAACUCGGGCUCGGUGCCCAUCUAUUUGAAAUGGCUGUCGUAUCUCUCCUGGUUCCGGUAUGCCAACGAGGGCCUACUAAUCAAUCAGUGGGCCGACGUGGAGCCCGGCGAAAUCAGUUGCACCUCCUCGAACACAACGUGCCCCAGCUCCGGCAAGGUCAUCCUGGAGACGCUGAACUUCUCCGCCGCGGAUCUGCCGCUCGACUAUGUGGGCCUAGCUCUGCUCAUUGUGGGCUUCCGUGGCUUUGCCUACCUUGCGCUGCGACUACGUGCCAGGCGCAAGGAGUAGGCCCCCGAUUCAAUACAUAUACAUGCUUAUAUAUAUACAUACACAUA